UAGCAUCUUCCUCUUUACAAUUCACAACGAGACCAAUAUUUUCACACUAGUACUGAAUAAACCAGUCACCGACAAUUAUUUAGCAACAUAUAUCUUCCUUCCCAUCUUCUGAUUCCAUCGUUAUCAUCACCAUCAAUCAAGCAAACCACUCAUUCCCUUCAUUUCCAGAUUCGUUUUCACAAAAAAUGGAUCCAUCGGUGUUGCUGUAUAACCAGCUCAAGGCUGCAGACCCGUUCUUCCUGUUAGCAGGUCCCAAUGUGAUUGAAUCAGAAGAGCACAUCAUGAGGAUGGCUAAACACAUCAAGACCAUUUCAUCUAAAUUUGGAAUUCCCUUGGUUUUCAAAUCAAGCUUUGACAAAGCUAACCGGACUUCUUCAAAAUCAUUUCGUGGCCCGGGAAUGGUUGAGGGGUUGAAGAUACUUGAGAAGGUUAAAAUAGCUUAUGACCUCCCUAUAGUGACAGAUGUGCAUGAGGCCAGCCAGUGUGAACCAGUUGGCAGGGUUGCAGAUAUCAUUCAAAUUCCAGCAUUCUUAUGUCGCCAAACAGAUCUUCUAGUUGCAGCAGCCAAAACUGGGAAGAUUAUCAACAUCAAGAAGGGCCAAUUCUGCGCUCCCUCUGUCAUGGCAAAUUCAGCGGAAAAGGUUCGGUUAGCUGGAAAUCCUAAUGUGAUGGUUUGUGAGAGAGGAACAAUGUUUGGCUACAAUGAUUUGAUUGUUGAUCCACGUAAUCUGGAGUGGAUGAGAGAAGCCAAUUGUCCUGUUGUAGCUGAUAUAACACACUCGCUACAACAACCUGCCGGAAAGAAGUUGGAUGGAGGAGGUGUUGCAAGUGGAGGUCUUCGAGAACUAAUACCUUGCAUUGCAAGGACAUCAGUUGCCGUUGGAGUGGAUGGGAUCUUCAUGGAGGUGCAUGAUGAUCCAUUGAAUGCACCUGUAGAUGGUCCAACACAGUGGCCCUUGCGCCACUUGGAGGAGCUACUUGAAGAGCUUAUAGCUAUUUCUAGGGUAAGCAAAGGGAAGAAGCCAUUUAACAUUGAUCUCACGCCAUUUCGUGAAUAAGAAUAAUGGUAUGGUUGAGUUGUUAUAAAUAUAAUUCCCUGGCAUUGUUUAAGAUUGAAUGCAAAACUGUCUCCAUUUCAUGGCACAAGUUCAAGUGCCUCAUAAGAGGGUUUAUCCUAAAAAAGUUGUUUGAUGAUUCAUGCUUGUGUUUUUCCAUGUAGUGACUCUACCAACGUAUGUUUGCCACUGAUCAUUUGUAGCCUUAAUUAUGUCAGUAUAAAAUAUUUAGGUAUAUUAUUGUUUA